UGCAUCCCUCCAGCCCCUCUGCCCCGCCUGCCGCGACAUCAUAGCGCCGCGAAGGUGGAAGUCGUGGUUGGCGGGCUUGAAGGACCUCAUGGAGUCCAGAGGGACCAAGAGAGGAGCUGAUACCAUAGACAUAAAUGUUGCAGAGCCUCCAAGCAAACACGUCCGCCCAGCACCCUCCCUACCCACAGACCCUACCCUCUAUUCUGGGCCUUUCCCUUUCUACCGGCGUCCCUCUGAGCUAGGCUGCUUCUCCCUGGAUGCACAGCGCCAGUAUCACGGAGAUGCCCGAGCUCUGCGCUACUACUGCCCACCCCCGACCAACAGCCAAGGUCCCAACUUUGACCUCAGAGAUGGAUACCCCGAUCGAUACCAGCCUCGGGAUGAGGAGAUCAAAGAGCGGCUGGACCACCUGCUACACUGGCUUCUGGAGCACCGCAACCAGUUGGAGGGGGGUCCAGGCUGGCUGUCAGGGGCCAUCGUGACCUGGCGAGGGCACCUGACAAAGCUGUUGACAACCCCCUAUGAGCGACAGGAGGGCUGGCAGCUGGCCGCCUCCCGGUUCCAGGGGACUCUGUACCUGAGUGAGGUGGAGACCCCAACCGCUAGGGUGCAGAGGCUUUCCCGGCCCGCCCACCUCCGCGAGCUUAUGUACAUGGGGUAUAAGUUUGAGCAGUACAUGUGUGCAGACAAACCCGGCAGCUGUCCAGACCCCUCAGGGGAGGUGAACACCAACGUGGCCUUCUGCUCCGUGCUCCGCAGCCGCCUCGGAAACCACCCUCUGCUCUUCUCAGGGGAGGUGGACUGCACAGACCCCCAGGCCCCGUCCCUGCAGCCCCCUACCUGCUACGUGGAGCUCAAGACCUCCAAGGAGAUGCACAGCCUUGGCCAGUGGAGGAGCUUCUACAGACACAAGCUCCUGAAAUGGUGGGCUCAGUCCUUCCUCCCUGGAGUCCCAAAUGUUGUUGCUGGCUUCCGAAACCCAGAGGGUCUCAUCUGUUCCCUCAAGACCUUUCCUACCAUGCAGAUGUUUGAAUACGUCAGGAAUGACCGCGAAGGCUGGAACCCCUCCGUGUGCAUGAACUUCUGUGCCGCCUUCCUUACCUUUGCCCAGAACACAGUGGUCGAGGAUGACCCCAGGCUUGUCCAUCUCUUCUCCUGGGAGCCCGGCGGCCCAGUCACAGUGUCUGAACAUCGAGAUGCACCUUAUGCCUUCCUGCCCACGUGGUAUGUGGAGGCCAUGACCCAGGACCUCCCAUCACCCACCAAGACACCCUCCCCGGAGGACUAAUGUUCCUGUUUCUGGGCACUGAUAAAAGUAUAUUUCUAGCUGGUUCUCCUUGAUGUCUGCGGAGCUGAUGCAUCGCUGUCCCACC